AUGGCGGAAGCGACGAGUCCGUUUACGGCAGCACAACUAAAAGAAAAAUUAAGACGCCGGAAUUUACCACAAACAGGAUUGAAGUCGGAAUUGAUAACUCGAUUAAUGGAAGCAGAUCCUGAAGGAAGAUGGAUGACGGCAAAUGAUUCGGAAGAAGAAGAGGAGCAUAAUGAGAAUCAGCUUCUAUCGGAACGACAGAGAAACGAACUUUUACAGCAAGAGUUAGAGUUGAUGCGUCGAGAAAGAGACGUAGCGCAACGGGAAGCAGAAUUGGCUCGACGGGAACCGGCACUGGCAAGCCCAGAAAAUCCAGCGAACGUUUUAAGAAGAAAUACGCAGCAACAGGCCGAUAACGUACCAAAUCAAUUACGUGCCGACGUCAAAGGCAUCGGAGAGUUACUGGGCGAAUUCGACGGAUCGAAUCGCUAUUAUGAGGACUGGGAGAGACAAGUUCGACUGGUCAAGGGACUCUUCACUGUGGACGACGCCAUUAUGAAAAUAAUUAUUAGCUCGAAGCUUAAAGGUAAAGCGGAGAGAUGGUUUCGCUCAAGACCGGAGUAUACGGAAAUGGCCUUGGACGAAUUACUCACAGCCAUGAAGGAUGGUUUCGAUCAACGACCAAGCAAAAUGGAUCUUAGGAAAUUCGAACUAAGGACGUGGCAGACGACCGAGUCGUUCAACAAUUACUACCACGAAAAACUUAUCCUGAGUAAUUUAGUGCCAAUAGAAGAAGCAGAUUUAUUGGACUGUUUAGUGUACGGAAUACCCGACCAAACAUUACGGAAUCAGGCAAGAAUGCAGAAUUUCACUAACGUGAAAGACUUGCUCAACGGUUUUCGGAAAAUCUCUCUUAUAAAUCGCUGUAAGAAGGACGCCGCGCAAGGCGAGAGACAAACAGCGGAGAAGACGACGGAUAAGCUAAAAUCGGAAACGAAAGGCCUGAGGAUUUCAGUGAAAGAAGAAAACAGCGAGAAGCCGAUUAGAUGUUACAAUUGUAACAAAGUGGGACAUAUUUCGAAAGACUGUUCUAAACCCCCACGAGAACGUGGAUCAUGCUACCACUGUGGCGAGAGGGGACACGUGGUGAAGAAUUGCCCACAGAAGGAGACGAAGGAACCGAAGGAAACGAAGGAGAUGAAGGAAAAGCCGCAAGUAUCCAACGUGUACGAAGAUCCGGCAGACGAAGAUAGCGUUGAACACCGAAAGAACGUAACGUAUGAAAUAAAAGACUCUGAUUUAAGGCGAAUGUUGUGUUUAGACACGCUUUUGGAUACCGGUAGUCCGAUCAGUUUCGUGAAGGAGCGUUUUAUCGAGAAGCACGGGCUUUUACCGUUAGACUCGACGGAUCGAGAUUACUGCGGGUGUAAAAAGGUACAAUUAGAUUUCUUAGGAAAAGUUUAUGCAACAAUCUCGAUUGGCGAUAUUUCGAGAGAGAAUCUUAGAAUUUACGUGGUACCGGAAGACACGUCGGUGACGCCAGCUCUGUUAGGUCGCGAUAUACUGCGAAAAUUCGGUAUUCGGUUGACGCUACCGACGGACGAUUGCGCUUGGCGAGAAAUGUUGAACAUCAACUUAAUCGGAAACGAGAAUAGUUUAGUAGACGAUUUGCAGAUAAAUUCAGCGAUACCUUACGAAGCGAAAACCGAGCUGAAACAAAUCUUCAAAGAAUUGUACGUAGAUUAUCCGAGACCGCGGGAGCCGAAAACGAAAACCGAAUUGCAUUUACGAUUAGACAAUUCGCAACCGUUUUACUGUACCCCGCGCAAACUCGCAUAUGACGAAAAAGCAAAGCUUCAGAGAAACGGAAAAGUACGAAUAUGCGUGGACUUCCGUGUCCUUAACAAAGCGACGGCGAGGGAUAACUACCCUAUGCCUCUUAUUGAAGAUCAAUUAGCAAUUGUGGGGAACAAAAAGUAUUAUACGGUGUUAGAUUUAAAAGACGGAUUUCAUCACGUUCAGGUCGCAAAAGAAUCGGUUAAGUAUACAUCGUUUGUGACUCCAUUAGGUCAGUACGAGUGGUUAAGAAUGCCUUUCGGACUGCGUACAGAACCAGCGACGUUUCAGCGCUAUAUAAAUCUCAUUUUGACCGAAUUUACGAGAGCAGGGGAUAUGGCAAUUUACAUGGAUGAUAUAUUGAUAGCUACUCAGACAAUAGACCAUCAUUUAGAAAUACUUGAACGAGUAUUUAAGACUAUCUCGGAAAAUCUUUUGGAGUUACGGAUCGAAAAGUGCUACUUCCUUCAGACGGAAGUAGAAUACCUGGGGUAUAUAGUUUCCGAGAAGGGUAUAAAGCCGACAAGAAGUGGUAUCGAUGCAGUUCAGAUAUCCGAUUCCCAGAAGCACACGCGACGUGCGUAG